AUCGCCUCUGGCUCGCGGGAUCUGACCGUCAAGCUUUGGGAUGCCACGAUGGGUGAGUGUCAGAAGACACUGGCUGGCCACUCCCACUAUGUCACCGCCGUGGCCUUCUCUCCGGGUGGAAAGCAGAUCGCCUCUGGCUCGUGGGAUCAGACCGUCAAGCUUUGGGAUGCCACGACGGGUGAGUGUCAGAAGACACUCGCUGGCCACUCCGGCUCGGUCACUACCGUGGCCUUCUCUCCGGACGGGAAGCAGAUUGCCUCUGGCUCGGACGACAAGACCGUCAAGCUUUGGGACAUUGCC